ACAUUGCAAUCUCCAUUUACUGAACAUACCUAUGUUCAAUUCGUUGUUUGAGCACUAGUAUUUAAUAAUUACAAAUAACUAGAUACCAUUAUACAUAAUCAUUUGUUAUAUCUUUUUCGUAGUGUUAAAAGGAAUAAGUUCUUUGCACUCCUGUCGACUAACUUAUAGUGGAAGUUUAUUAUAAGAAAGGAAGUGUGAUUCUUCAAUAUGUUAAGUGCUGCUAAAUUUGUUACUGUUCGUGCUGCUGAGCAGUGUUUUUUUAAACCAAACAGUGUUGUUAAGUCAUCAUGUCUUUAUACUGUUCAAAGUCGUUCAUCAUCUUCUAAAGGUGUUCAAGGUCAUGUAAUAGGUAUUGAUCUAGGAACUACAAAUUCUUGUGUUGCUGUUAUGGAAGGAAAGACACCUAGAGUAAUUGAAAACUCUGAGGGGUCAAGAACUACACCAUCUGUUGUAGCUUUUACCAAAGAUGGAGAACGUUUAGUUGGAACUCCUGCUAAAAGACAAGCUGUAACUAAUACUCAAAACACAUUUUAUGCCACCAAACGACUGAUUGGUCGCAGAUAUGAAGACCCUGAGAUUAAAAAAGAUAUGAAAAAUUUAACCUAUAAAAUUGUUAAAGCAACAAAUGGUGAUGCUUGGGUUCAAGGAACUAAUGGUAAAAUGUAUUCUCCUAGUCAAAUUGGAGCUUUUGUUUUAAUAAAAAUGAAAGAAACUGCAGAGUCUUUUUUGGGUUCAAGUGUUAAAAAUGCUGUCAUUACUGUUCCAGCCUAUUUUAAUGAUUCACAAAGACAAGCUACAAAAGAUGCUGGACAGAUUGCGGGACUUAAUGUUUUGCGUGUUAUAAAUGAACCAACUGCUGCUGCUUUAGCUUAUGGUAUGGAAAAAGAUACUGAUAAAUUAAUUGCAGUUUAUGACUUGGGUGGUGGAACUUUUGAUGUGUCAAUUUUAGAAAUUCAAAAAGGUGUUUUUGAAGUUAAAUCUACUAAUGGAGACACAUUACUUGGUGGUGAAGAUUUUGACAAUUUGUUAGUUAACCAUCUUGUUACUGAAUUCAAAAAAGAACAAGGUGUUGAUCUUAACUCAGAUAUUAUGGCUAUGCAACGAGUUAAAGAAGCUGCUGAAAAAGCAAAAGUUGAGUUAUCGUCUUCUCUUCAAACUGAUAUUAAUUUGCCUUAUGUAACUGUUGAUAGUUCAGGUCCAAAACAUUUAAAUAUGAAAUUAACGCGUGCAAAAUUUGAAGGCUUAGUUGGGGAUUUAAUUAAACGAACAACAGGACCUUGUCAGAAAGCUGUUAAAGAUGCUGAAAUAAAAACUUCUGAUAUUUCAGAUGUUUUAUUAGUGGGUGGUAUGACCCGUAUGCCAAAAGUACAAUCACUUGUUCAAGAAAUAUUUGGAAAGCAACCUAGUAAAGCAGUAAAUCCUGAUGAAGCUGUUGCAGUUGGUGCAGCAGUUCAAGGAGGUGUUCUCUCAGGAAGUGUUACAGACGUAUUACUUCUUGAUGUUACUCCGUUAUCAUUAGGUAUUGAAACAAUGGGUGGAGUUUUUACAAGUCUUAUCUCAAGAAAUACUACAAUUCCAACCAAGAAAAGUCAAGUUUUCUCAACAGCUGCCGAUUCCCAAACUCAAGUUGAAAUUAAAGUCUAUCAAGGAGAAAGAGCAAUUGCCGCUGAUAAUAAACUUCUAGGUCAGUUUUCUUUAGUCGGAAUUCCUCCUGCUCCAAGGGGUGUUCCACAAAUAGAAGUAACUUUUGAUAUUGAUGCUAAUGGUAUUGUGCAUGUGUCAGCACGUGAUAAGGGAACUGGUCGAGAACAACAAAUUUCCAUUCAAUCAUCUGGUGGUUUAAGUAAAGACGAAAUCGAAAAUAUGGUAAAAAAUGCUGAACAAUAUGCUCAACAAGAUCAAAUUAAAAAAGAUCGUGUUGAAGCACUAAAUCAUGCAGAUUCUAUUGUUAAUGAUACAGAAAGUAAAUUAGCCGAGUAUAAAGUACAUGUGCCUGAAGACGAAUCUAAUAAAAUAAGUGAAUUAAUUAAAGAAGUUAGGGAGAAAAUUGCUCAAGCACAAGCUAAUAGUGAUCAAAAUCCUGAGGAUUUAAAAGCAAGUACUCAAAAGCUACAGCAGGCAUCAUUAAAAUUAUUUGAAGUAGCAUAUAAAAAAAUGGCUGCUGAAAGAGAACAAGCUAAUAAUAGUAAUAAUCAGAGUCAAAAAGAUGACCAAGCUGACCCAAAAGAUAAAGGACAAAAAGAACAAUAAGUUAAAUAUAUCCUAUAAAUAAUGUAGUACUAUUUUUUACUAUUUUUUGUCUGUUUUAUUUUUUUAUGUUCAAGUUAUAUUGCAUAGUAUUUAUGUAAAUAAUACUCAAUUCCUCUUCUUUUAGAUAUUAUUUAAAUGUAUAUAAACCAUUUAUAUAUUAAAAUAUUGAAAAAAAAACAAAUGGUUUUAAUUUUUAUUCACAAACAUUUUAAAUUAAAUUAUUUAUUUUCAUAAUAA